AUGGCUUUGUUGUCACUUCCUCUCCUUGCAGGAGCUACACUGCUUCUCUUCGCCGUUGCCCUUGUCCGGCGCCUGUUCUCACCUUUGGCACGUAUCCCAGGACCAAAGCUAGGUCUCUUGACACCAUGGCAACUAAGGUACCACGAACUUCAAGGCAAGCGGACACAAUACAUUCACCGGAUGCACCAAGAAUACGGCAACGUCGUCCGCAUUGCUCCUAACGAGGUCGUCUUCUCCUCGCUCGAGGCUAUGAAAGAGAUCUACCUUUCCAAGGGAAGUGGCUACGAUAAGCCUUCAUUCUAUGACCUAUUCUCCCAGUUUGGUCUCAGGACAAUGUUUUCGACUCGCGAGAAAGGCCCUCACAGCAAGAGAAGACGCAUCAUCGCAGAUCGCUAUGCCAACUCCAACGUCAUUCGAGACUCUGCUAUCCACGGCAUUCAGGAGAGGUCGCAGAAUUUCAUCAAGAGAUGCUCCGAAGCUCCGAGGCAGGAACUUGAUGUCUAUCUCUUCCUUCAUUGUUACGCCUUCGACUGCGUCACGCAUCAUCUGUUUCACCCACACGGCAGUGAUUCGAUCCUCAAGCAGUCAGAUGAGGAGACUCUGUGUGAGGCUGUCUUUGACAAUAGUCUUGCCAGACGCCUCUUCAUUCAUUACAAUCCCACGAUAGGUAGCCUUAUGGGGAAGCUGGGCGUCUUUGGCAAGUCCCGCGACAUCCCCCGGACCAGACAGCUCAUCCUCGAUGGAGCCACCGGCGGUCCUGUUGCUGAUUUUACUCUCGUCAGCCGCAUGCGCGAGGACAAGUUCGGCAUGGGACCGAUGGACAUUGCUUCCGAAUGCAUGGACCACACCCUGGCAGGCAUCGAGACAACUGGUGAUGCCCUCUGCUUCUUGAUGUGGCAGAUCUCACAACCUGGCUACGAAAUCAUUCAAGAACGCCUCCGCGACGAGUUUCGAGCCAAUGAGGGUGUGUCAUUUGAACAGCUCCCAUACCUCGAGGCAGUCGUAAAGGAAGGGUUGCGAGUAUUCCCUUCUAUUCCCAUGAGCUUACCCCGGUGUGUUCCCCCCGAAGGCGCAUUCGUCGAUGGUCACUGGCUCCCCGGCGGAACGCUCGUCAGCUGCCAGCCAUACUCGAUGCACCGGAUGGAUGAAACCGCGUUCCCGGAGCCGGACAGGUUCAAGCCCGAGCGAUGGUUAGAGGAGAAGGGCCUAGCGGAGAGGAACCGACUGUUCUUUACUUUUUCCAACGGUGGACGGGCUUGCAUUGGCCGACAUCUGGCUGUGGCCGAGAUGAAGACCCUACUACGGGAUAUCUACUCGAGUUUCAAGACUACACCGGCGGAGGGCAUGGUUGCCGACAUGAGCAUGGAUGACCAGAUUUUUACGUCCCGGCCGAAGGAUCAAAAGUGUAUUCUCAAGUUUACGCGGUGGGAAGAAGAAAUGACUAUUGAAGACGACAUCGGACUUGUCAUCCCCCACGACAACCUUCUAGAAAUCAACCCUGAGCCUGAGACGGUAAAUAACAACCUCACCCUUGCGCUCCCACCUCCAAGCCAAAUAUCCGUCCUACCCCCGAUGGCCCACUACUUAUUCCAGUUCUACCUCGCCGAGACCAUGCGCCUUACCGUCCCCAGCAGCUACGCCAGGACCAAGAUCUGCCAUUUCCUCGUCCCUAUGUCGAUGCAGCAACCCAGCCUGCUAUACGCCAUCAUGGCGUUUGCCGCAGUUCAUCUAGAGGCUUCAGGGAGGCUUCCCAGAAACCCAGGACGACUGAUUGAUACACUGCAGUCGACGAGUAUUCGGCAUCUGCGACAGCUGUUGACCGAUGAGGACCCUAUAGCGCAGGUUGCUGCGCUUGCUACAGCGAGGACGCUUUGUCAGGCACAGAUCUACGGUGGGACAGCGUCUUGGCGUGUUCAUCUGAAUGGUGCAAGGGCUAUUCUUGAAUCAUCUCACUUCAGGACCCGGCUCAUUGGUAGCUGUUCGUGCUCAUCCAUCAACGCAGACUUUCUCUCAAGUUGGUUCAACAACGCAGAAGCACUUGCUGCGCUGAGCCCAUCUGGUCUUCUCCACGGCCAGCUCCAAGUUGGCUGUCAUUCAAGCAGAGAUCUUCGUUUCGACAUGUUUGGAGGCGUCAUGUCGGAUCUUCCCGAUCUGUUCAGGGAGGUCGGUGCCCUGGUUAAAGAGAGUCGCCGACAGCAACACAACCGCAUAUCCGAGAGCACCAUCCUGUCAGAAACCGACAUCGCUCAGGAAGCCGAUGCAUUGACUCGAGAGAUAUACUACAGGCUAGAACGUGAUUCGGUAGAGAACCUGGCGCUUCAACCUGAUACGCUCAUGGGACUGUCGGCGAAUGAUAUACACGAUUACGCCUUGAGCAACGCCGGAUUUCUCUAUACCGCACUCCUUCACAUUCACUGUGGAGUGAGAGCGCUUUCACCGUACGCCGAAGAGGCCCAAUUCUGCGUCGACCAGAUAAUACAAUGCGCCCAAGACAUGACUUGCUCUUCUGGUCUAUCGCCUAGAGUCUUGCUCGUCGCCCCUCUCUUCACAGCUGGGAUCUGCGCUACGGGCCCUGCGCAGGAUAGCAUACGGUCUGCGUUGACAGACAUAGGGCGGUGGAUGCGGACUCCGCACUUGGCAAAAACUCAAGAGUUAUUAGAGGACAUCUGGCUGCAACCGCCUGCAGAGCCCCAGAGUUCCCGCGUUUGGUCAUGGUUUGACAAGAUCAACUUUGACUUCCUUCCUUACUAG